AUGGCGAAAAUACUCCUCUACGAAAAAGCAAGCUACGUGAACUCAACGCUGUGCCUGAUGGACCCCUCCCAAGCACCAGCCAAAGUCGGAAGCUGGGGCGCAACGAGCCGUUGGGAAGAGUUGGUUGUUGCGCAUAUUGCGCAGGUUCGGUAUAUCCACACAGGCGCCUUGUUCCCCUGGCAUAGAUGGUACACCAAAAUCCACGAAGACCUCCUCCGCAACGAAUGCGGCUACACCGGCCCAUACCCCUACUGGGACGAACAAGCAGACCAACCCCUCUACCCAAUCCAAAACGCCUCCAGAACCGACGCCUCAAAUUGCAUUCUCGACGGCGCCUUUGCGGACUACCGCGUCCGCUUCAACACACAGUUCGAACGCGAUGCGCCAGACGGAGGCGGCGUCUGUCUCACGCGCGCGCUAAACCAGACGGCUUUCGAUACGGUUUCCCAACUCACUGUCGUGGAGCCCUGUAUGGCGCUUGACAAAGGUGAUGAUUACGCCGAGAUGUUGGGGUGUCUGGGAAACACGCCGCAUAGUGGUGGACACCUAGGCGUCGGUGGCAUCAUGCGCCACCACGCGCGCUCCCCAGCGGACCCAAUCUUCUACCUCCACCACACAAACUUCGACCGCCUCUGGUGGGAAUGGCAGACUUCCUCCCCCGGAAGACUCUACGCAAUGGGCGGCCCCAACGUCGCGGCAAACCAGAUCUUUCUCGACGCGCAACCAAAAGUUCUGCCGGAGGACAUGUUCCUCCCGUACUUCGGUGACGGGGGUGGCAAUGUCACGACGCUGGAGCAUGUUUUGUGGAUGCCUGGGUUGGCGGAGAAUAUUACGAUCAAGGACACGAUGGACAUUCGCGGGGAUAAGAUGUGUUUCGAGUAUGUUUGA